UGGUGUUGCGUUAAUUUCUUGGAGAAGUGUAUAUCUUUCGGACAAUUAUUACUAGAGUGAAAAAUAAAUUGAAUCAGGGGGAUUGAUCCAGAAUCCCCGACGUGAUAUUCAGAUACACAGUUCACUGUGAAAAGGAAAUAUCGUGUGCUGUGAGUGACGUCACAAACGCGCGAGAAUUCAGAGAGCCACAUCAGAUGAAAAUAGUGCAUCUAGACGUUUGUUUGUCUAUGGAAUUCCUUGACACUCCACAAUAUCAAACUGGAGACUGAGACUGAAGACGGCUUGUCGGGAGAAGACGUACCUUCUACCUUAUCGCCCAACAUGUACCAUCCCAAACAAGCCCUGCGAAACGCCAUUAAUGAUUGGCUGCCGGAAUUUGCUAAACACAAAACGGCUUGGGGGCCAAUCGCAAAACCGCAACCUGCAGUGGCAGUCGUACCUCUGCCCAUCAUACCGUCUAUAAAUACCUGUAUGAGUUUAACAUCGACUACUAGUACUACUUCCACUUGUAGUACCACCAUACCUUUAGUGAAUUCGAAUCAGUUGCAAGCGUUAGCUGAAGUCUGUAGUACCGUUUCCAGUACUGACAGCAUGGUGAAUCCUUUACCAGGCCCAGUAAUGAACUCGUUGGUAUCGGAAACCAAAGUCAUUUGUAACGAAUCCAUACCGAACCCGAUAACCCCAGUUGCCAUACCCAUUCCCAUCGAUAACGCUGAAUCCAAAACAGUCACUAUACUCAGUGGCACCAUCCUCAAAGCCGAUAAAGUCAAACAAAUGAACAACACGGAAGGCGGUUUGACGACGACGGCGAAGGAAAAACAGGAGGAGAACACGAUGAACACCGAUACCAGUCUCAGCACCGAGUCCAGUCUGAGUCCUUCUGAGCCGAUGGACUGCAAUAGCACUCCCAACAUUUCUCCAGCUCACGUGGCCAAAGCUCCAAAUGGGUCCAAUGAAGAUGUGGCGAUGAGUGAGAAUUCAGCUUCAAGUGGAAGUAUGCAAGUCGAUGGUAGCCAGAUGGUAGUUGAAAAUAAUGAUAGGAAAGUAGGUGACCUUACAUACGAAGAUCUAGCCUUACUGUGUGAUCUCUUUUACCUACCCUUCGAGCAUGGAGGGCAAGGGUUGCAAUUCCUCCAAGAAUUCAACUGGUUGAAAUCCAACGCUCACUUAGUGAUCGAAGCCAAUAAUAAGAAAGACUCCAACCCGGAGGUUCAGGAAUGGUAUUCGAGGGCAGAAAAAAUGAACGAACUGUCCAAAGCGGUCGACAAAUUAGGACAGCACAUGACAAAUUGCAAUAACCGAGAACUCUUAUACGAACUUUAUUCUUACAUGUGGGACAUACGAAGCGUUAUAUCUUUGCUCAAUUCGUACAUCAAAUGGCUAGCCAAUGGAUGGUUUCCUACGUCGAUGCAGUCGUACACCCAGGGAACGUAUACAUGGUUUUCGAAAGGAUGGAAAGAGACGUUCAUGAGCGGAGAACAGGAGCCCUGGGUUUUCAGGGGUGGACUCACAGCUGAUUUGCAGCGCCUUAUCCCGGUGGAUUCUGGCAAUGACCUGUUUGUCUACAAGAUACCAGAAGUGCCAUCCAAUAGGGUAUUCACCAUUCGCCCUUAUAUACCCUGCGACGAUGAAAAAAUCGUCUACAGUGUGUGCACGAAAACAUGCAAAGACGGUCUGGAAGACCCCGUGCCCUACCCCGAGGCCCUCAAGGACCUGCAGGCCGACCGGAUCGUGGGGCCCUACCUCACCCUCCAUCCCGAGUUCUGUCUGGUGGUGGAGGACGAUGCGGGGGUGGUGGGGUACGCAUGCGCCGCCCCCGAUCACAAAAAGUUCUUGGUGAAGCAGGAGGUGGCCUGGGUGGGAGAGAUGAGAGAGAAGUAUCCGAAAGAGAGGGCAGAUGGUAUGCACAAGUUCGCUCAGGAAGCCGUAUCCUACUUCCACAAUUUCAAGGAAGACGACUUUGUCAGCAUCCCAACUCACCCAUCUAGCAUGAUCUGUAGCCUUUUGCCGUCUGUUCUGGACCAAUCGGUCAGCAAAAGGCUCGUCACAUGUCUUUUAGCUGCUCUUCGAGCUAACGGAUCUUUUGGAGUUCAUGUGGUCAUGAACAUAACUGACAGUUAUACGCACGCUUUCUAUGGAAAAUUGGGAUUCGUGGAAAAUACUCAAGAAACGAUCAAGGGUAAAAUUGUGAUGGGACGUACUUUCUGA